CUCCUCCUCCAGCCUACACCGUCGGGAUCCAAACAGGGAGGGAUAGCAUCGAGCCGACGCCGCGUCGACGCAUUUGCAGCUGAGUUAAACAUUGUUUUUUUCUAUCGGGAACAAACGCGGACAUAACGGGGGUGCUGGAUAACGGGAGGACGGCAUGGGGGAGCACACGGCGUUUCUGCUGUUACUACUGGUCGCGACCUCAUCGGGGGUUCCUGCUGAUGACUCAGUGGGUUUACUAACCGAGCCGCAGGUGGCCAUGUUCUGUGGGAAGUUCAACAUGCACAUCAAUGUGCAGAGUGGCAAAUGGGAGUCGGACCCCACUGGAACCAAGAGCUGCAUUGGCACUAAGGAGGGAAUCCUUCAGUACUGCCAAGAGGUUUACCCUGAGCUGCAAAUCACAAAUGUUGUGGAAGCCAAUCAGCCUGUCAGCAUCCAGAACUGGUGCAAGAAAGGCCGCAAACAAUGCCACAGUCACACACACAUCGUAGUGCCAUACCGCUGCCUGGUUGGGGAGUUUGUGAGUGAUGCCCUGCUGGUUCCUGACAAGUGUAAGUUCCUGCACCAGGAGCGUAUGGACCAAUGUGAGAGCCACCUGCACUGGCACACUGUAGCCAAAGAGUCCUGUGGAGACCGCUCCAUGAAUCUCCAUGACUAUGGGAUGCUGUUGCCAUGUGGUAUCGAUCGCUUCCGGGGGGUGGAGUUUGUCUGCUGUCCUGCAGAGGCGGAGCGAGAGGUGGACAGCAUUGAGCUGGAUGGGGAGGAGUCAGAUGUCUGGUGGGGGGGAGCUGAGAAUGAAUACUCUGAUAACAGCAUGACGCGUCCAGCAGAUGCUGAGCCUGCCACCACAGAAGAUGAUGAAGAUGAGGAUGAAGAGGCUUUUGAAAGGGAUGAGAAUGGAGAUGGUGACGAAGAAGACGAGGAGGAUGAAGAUGAAGACGAUGUGAUCUAUGAGCGUGAUAGUGACGAGCGCAGUGCUAAUGUUGCCAUGACUACCACCACUACAACCACCACUGAGUCAGUUGAGGAAGUUGUCAGAGCUGUUUGCUGGGCUCGUGCUGUGUCAGGCCCAUGUCACGCCAUGCUGGAGCGUUGGUACUUCGUGCCUAAGAAGGGCCGCUGUGCCCCCUUCUUAUUUGGGGGCUGUGGGGGCAACAGGAAUAACUUUGAGUCGGAGGAGUACUGCAUGGCCGUGUGCAGCAGUUCGUUGCCCACUAUGGCACCAAGUCCUCCGGAUGCUGUGGAUCGCUACCUGGAAGCUCCAGGGGACGACAACGAACAUGCUGAUUUCCAGAAGGCAAAGGAAAGCCUGGAAGCCAGACACCGUGAAAGGAUGUCCCAGGUGAUGAGGGAGUGGGAAGAGGCUGAGAGACAAGCCAAGAGCCUUCCUCGUGCCGACAAGAAAGCAGUCAUCCAGCAUUUCCAGGAAAAGGUGGAGGCUCUGGAACGUGAGGCAGAAGGAGAGAGGCAGCAGCUUGUAGAGACUCACAUGGCGAGAGUGGAGGCACUCCUCAACAGCCGCCGACGCCUAGCUCUGGAAAACUACCUCAGUGCCCUCCAGGCCAACCCUCCACGGGCUCGUCAGGUGUUGAGCUUGCUGAAGAAGUACGUGCGUGCCGAGCAGAAGGACAGGCAGCACACAGUGAAAUACUACGAACACGUCCGCACUGUCGAUCCCAAGAAAGCAGCACAGAUCCGACCUCAGGUUUUGACCCACCUUCGGGUGAUUGAUGAGAGGAUGAAUCAGUCUUUGGGUCUGCUCUACAAAGUACCGAGUGUGGCGAAUGAGAUUCAAAACCAAGUUGCUAUUAUAGUGCAGAGGAUUCAGUCGGAGCUGUCUCAGCAAGUCUCUUCCCUGCAGAGCGAUGGGAGGGUGGACGGCAGAGUGAGUUAUGGUAAUGAUGCUCUCAUGCCUGAUCAGGCCUACAGCUCAGCUCCUAUGGAUCCUGGUCUGGAUGGACUGGGCUUUAUCCACCCUGAGAGUUUUAACCAGCCAAACACAGAGAACCAUGUUGAGCCUGUAGAUGCUCGUCCUGUUCCAGAUAGAGGACUCCCCACACGGCCCGUUUCAGCUCUGAAGCCGGAGGAGAUGCCUGAAGUGAGGAUGGAGACUGAGGAGAGGCAGAGCACUGGAUAUGAAGUCUACCAUCAGAAACUUGUGUUUUUCGCUGAGGAUGUCGGGUCCAAUAAAGGCGCAAUCAUUGGACUUAUGGUUGGAGGCGUUGUCAUAGCAACCGUCAUUGUCAUUACCUUAGUGAUGCUGAGGAAGAAACAGUACACUUCUAUUCACCAUGGUGUUAUUGAGGUCGAUGCAGCUGUCACACCAGAGGAGCGUCAUCUGGCCAGGAUGCAGCAGAACGGCUAUGAGAACCCCACCUACAAAUUCUUUGAGCAAAUGCAGAAUUAAAGAACUGCUGAUCAGCGUUUUUUCAGGCGCAUCCAAACCCAACUCUCACUCCUAAGGUCUGUUCCAUUCUGGUCCCUUUGACCUGGCACCUUCAGUUUGUAACCCUGAGAGCAGCAAAGAGAUUUUUAUCAUGACUGAAAGAAAAAGAAAGAGCUCUUUAGUCAGUUUCAGUAAGGAGUUUGGGCCAAAGGACAAUGGCAUGGAACACAGGCUUCCCAAUCCCCUGAAUGUACAGAGCAUCCCUUUGAGCUUAAAUUUACCUGCAAUUGGUCAGACAAGGGUGCCCUGUUUCACCUGCACAUCUUAGCCAAUCACAGCAAAACAUUGUAGUGUUUGUACUCACCACCUUGUUUGUGAUUUAUAUGAAGUCACCGCAGUAGUGCGUUUGCAGUGAACCAACAAACGUGAACCCCAGUUUAAUUCCCGGUCUUAUUGCUCCAACUGUUUGUUCCAUUUUUUCUGUAACUGCCCCAAACAUCCCCGCUGCUCUCUGCUGACAGCUGUGUGAAGUGUGAUGACAUAACAGCUCUUGGAGCUGGCAGUGGGAGGAGGGGCUCUCAAAGCGCCUCUACGCACGAUUAAAGCCCACGUGUUUCAGGUUUGUUUUUCAAAAAAGGAAAAAAAGCAGAAAAAUAUCCAUAAUCAAAAUAUGUAAAGUCGAAAAAUAUUGAAUGUUUUGUUGUCUGAUUUUUUAUGUGUAAUAUAUAAAGAGAGAUUAGCUGUAAGUAUAUGUAGUGCAUGGCAUAUUGAUGACAGAUACAGUAAACUGUAUGUUGAGGUCCUCAGGAGCGGUCCUCCUAUUAGAUAUUUUAGCAGGAUUGUACAUUUCUAGUGUCUUCUUUGUGAUCUUGUGAUAUGAAGAAGAAAAGAGUAUUCAGAAUCUGGUCUGCUUUGUUCACACAGACUUGCUUUAACUGACUCUUGGCUUGUUCUGCUCAUCUCCACGCUUCACUGUUGUGUUAGCUGCAUGGGCAAAAUGCUCUAUAUGUAAUAUAUGAAGUGUACUAGUACCUGAAAGGAAGACAAUUUUGUUACUGUUUGCGUUCUAUGCACUCUUAAGUCUGAUUAUAUCACCAAAUAGUAUUGCUGUUCAGUCCCUGAUGUUACUGCGCCGCUGCAUUUCAGGUUUUUCUUACAAUGAGAAUAUAAGUGAAGCUAUAGAGGAGUUUUCUGAAAGUAUCAUUCCAGAGUCAUCAUUUCACUCUCUCUCCGGUAUGUAAAUAUUUAGAAGAUGGAGAUAUGGUUCUCUCUGGCCCAGUUUCAUUAUCAAGCUCCACCUCAGUCAUUUUUUUUUGUUGUUCACUCCUUCUUUCUAGCCCUCUUUUUUCUUGUUUAUGCACUCUUUCUGACUGUCAGCAAUAUUGUACAAUGCAGCACUUGUUGGGCCAGCAGAGAUGAGAAGAAUUUUCUAGAGGGCCACAUCUUUGUGCACAUUCCUUCACCAAAUCUCACACACAUUCUAUUUUUCUACAUCUCCUGUGUAUACAUGUACAGUGUUUGUCUUCUAGUGGAUUAUUUCUUCUUUGCCUGCAUGUUUGUCUUCUCACCAGUCUCAUGGAGUUAUGAAGGAUUAAUAUCAAUGAGAAAAAGACCGCACCAGUGUAGAGACACUUUUCCCUGAUUGAAUUAAGCUAAAGCCACAUGAAUGUGACAUGCAUCUUUUGCAUUUAUACCAUUAAAUACAACACAUAUCACCUCUCUGCAUUAUGUCAACACAUGUACAGACACAAUUGAAGCUCUUAAUCAGGUGAAUGUUUUAAAAUUUGUAAUUAUGCUCAAUCUGGGUGUCUUUUGAUGCUAGUGUUGAAAACAAAAGUUUUUGUUUAAUUGAUCCAGCGACCUUCCUCUAUGUGUAGUUAAAUGAAUCAUUUGCUUAGAGUGAGAAAUGCUUUCUACACCCACUAUACCAUGAAUAAAAUUUUGAAUGUA